CGCCGCCGCCGCCGCCGCCGCCGCCAUGGCCCGACCGCUGGUACCCAGUUCACAGAAGGCGCUGUUGCUCGAGCUCAAGGGGCUGCAGGAGGAGCCGGUGGAGGGCUUCCGGGUGACCCUAGUGGACGAGGGCGACCUGUACAACUGGGAGGUGGCCAUUUUCGGGCCCCCCAACACCUACUACGAAGGCGGCUACUUUAAGGCACGCCUCAAGUUCCCCAUCGACUACCCUUACUCCCCGCCAGCCUUUCGGUUCCUGACCAAGAUGUGGCACCCCAACAUCUACGAGACAGGGGACGUGUGUAUCUCCAUUCUCCACCCCCCAGUCGAUGACCCCCAGAGUGGUGAGCUGCCCUCAGAGCGGUGGAACCCCACCCAGAAUGUCAGGACCAUCCUUCUGAGCGUCAUCUCCCUCCUCAAUGAACCCAACACCUUCUCCCCAGCCAAUGUGGAUGCCUCUGUGAUGUACAGGAAGUGGAAAGAGAGCAAAGGCAAGGACCGGGAGUACACAGACAUCAUCCGGAAGCAGGUCUUGGGGACCAAGGUAGACGCGGAGCGGGACGGUGUGAAGGUGCCUACCACGCUGGCCGAGUACUGCGUGAAGACCAAGGCCCCGGCGCCUGACGAGGGCUCAGAUCUCUUCUAUGAUGACUAUUACGAGGAUCCUGAGGCUGAGGCCGAAGCUGACAGCUGCUUUGGGGACGACGAGGAUGACUCUGGCAAUGAGGAGUCCUGACACCAUGUCCCCCACCGAAUAAACUUACAGAUUUUACCUCACCAGGCCCAGACUGUGUGGGCUCUUGGGCACCUCCUGACGCCGAGACUACCUCAAGGAGGUGGCUCCGCUCUUGCAUUGUCUCCUUGAUCUCGCUUUCCUUUCCCCGUGUUUGUUCUGGGUUUUCCUCUGCUUCAGAGAGGAGGGGCCAGGCCAUCACAUCGUGUACCGGGGCCCCAAUAGUGCUGGGCACCCGGUGGGCGGGCCUGGGGGCAAAGGUGGCCUGAGGGGCCUGGAUUCCGGCCCUGUCUAUUGCCCCACUGGCUGGAACCAGAGACUUGGGGUUCCCAGCUCAUGAGUAGACGGAUUAACUUGUGGUCACCUCUUCUCUCUGCUUUGGUUUGUUUGGAAUCUAAAUAAAAGACUUGACGAGAA